AUGCGUGUUCUCCUUGAUUGCCUUCGCAUAGUGAAGAAAGGCAAACACCUCCGCCAAUGGCCGAAAGGCAAUUUGGCUCUCUUGCAGUACUUGUACUGGGAGAAGGUGCAACCGGUCAAAGGCGAAUGCGCCUAUAAUCCCAACUUGUCCAUACAACCUCUUAUGAGGAACUGGACCGAAGGUGCAGCCACUAGGAGAGAUCGGUUCGACUAUGACAAUGGGCGCGGCCGUGGUAACGUCAGGAUCGAAAAUAAUAUCACCCAGGAGUAUAGGGCUCAGGAGCCCAACAUCCGAAAUAAUGCGCCUACCAUGAAGCCAAAAACCAAGCCUGCAAAUGGAAACGCAAAGAAGUCGACGACAGCCCCAAUGUCGGAAGAUUUGAUGGAGCUUCUAAUGAAGUGGUGCAUGGACUUCAUACACACCCAGAUGAGGCAAAUCCCUAAUCAAGUUGCUGAGAGGUUGUUGGAGAAGUUGAACAAAUCAGGUGUCAUGUACAAGCCGGCUGCUGUCGUGCCAUCCGCGGACAAUGAUGUGGAUGAAGAACUGGAUUCGUUCGAGAACGGUCCAUAUAAAAAGAAGGAAUUCGUGUACAAGGAUGACAUAGACUCACGCGGAGAGCCUGUCAUUGACAUGAAGCAGCCUGAUGAAGUGGUUCCCAACCAUAAAACCGUACCUGAGAAAACCCCACCGAAGAUGAAUGGACACAAGGAAGCUUCACCUAUUAGGCGUAAUGAUGAAUGUGGCGCUACACCCGAAAACCCUUGGGUCGUUGGGACUUCUACUCAAGCACCUUCAUUGGAGAUAGACAUUUGUCCAUCUACUGUCAGCAAGUUCAUGGCUAAGGCGAAUGGAAAAAAGGGUGCAACAAUCGAUAAGGACGAGGAAGUUAUGUCCGGUAAGCCCAAGAGGACUGUUCCUAAGAAAUUUGAAUCCCCCUACGCACUUGACAAGCCCAGCAGGCGUCCCAACCGUGCUUUGUUUUCUGAAAAUCAUGAGCCGGAGGUUGUGGCAGAUGAGUUGACGCCGGAAAUAAUUGAUGCAGCUGUUUCAUUUGUCGAGUUAGCUGCUAGCACCGAGAAAAAUAAGGGGAAGAAAGUUUACUACAGUGAAGGGCAUGGCAUAUCUCUGACUUCCGAAAGGAUUCGACCGGUACUAACUCACAGAUGGCUGUCGGACGAUGUAAUUGAUGCUUAUAUGGGACAUUUGGAGCUGCGCGUUGAUCGUGCUAUCGCACGAGACGAUCCAUUGCCGUCGAGCUGCAACAUGGAUAGUGCUCUGACCAAAGUUGGAGCAGUUAAUAGAGUCACGAACGAGUAUACUGUGCGUGAUAAGACGUAUAUCGCGUUGAAUAUCGACAAUGCCCACUGGAUGACCGUGGUCAUGCACUUGAUCAAGCAAGAAUUCCAAGUUCUCGAUUCGCUCUAUCCUCUGGACCUGACAGAAAAGACUGUGAAAGCACUGCGAAUGGCUAUAGCACACGAUAUGCACCUAGCAAAUCUUAUUACACCAGGGAAAUAUCCGGACGUAAGUAAGUGGCCUAUCAAGGAGUAUGACAUGCCCCAGCAAGAGGAUGGGAACUCUUGUGGCCUUUUUGUCACAGAAUGCCUAGAACAUUGGGACGGGACCGAAUGA